AACCAGACGCCGACACCUGUGACUCGGCCUCGGCGGACCCCAAACCACUUUCCCAAUUCGCUUUAUUCCAUCGGGAAUACCUCACGGCCAGAAUUGGAAGGCGAUCUCUUCCAACGCCACUUGUAUAGGGUUCCUCGUCCCUCUCCCUCCCCCCUCACCAUUCGAGCUAUCUCAAAAGGUAGGGGUCGACCAGAAGCGGUUCGAAUAGAACGAAUUGGGCGCUAAUCGAAGCUCCAAGGAGGAGAAUGGCGGAGUUAGCGGGGAGUGAUACUUUUGUGGGGAACGCUGAUGAUGCGAAUUGGAUGCCGAAAGUGGAUAUGGAAUUUAAGACCGAUGAGGAGGCUUACCAAUUUUAUAACAAUUAUGCUAAGGUAGUGGGGUUCAGUGUCCGGAAAGCUUGGAUUAACCGGCGGGCAUCGGGAGUUGUCAUAUCGAGGACUUACGUCUGCCAUAAAGAAGGUUAUCAGGGGAACAGGAGAGAUGAGAGUGAGGUGAAGAAACCCCGGCAGAAUGAGCGGACUGGCUGCCUUGCACAUUUGACAAUCAAAAUUACAGAAAAUGGGACAUAUCGGAUUAGUGAAUUUCACCCAAUGCACAACCAUGAGCUUGUAGCACCAGGGAAAGCUCACGCGUUGAAGUCACAUAGAGUUGCAAAACGGUCUCGAGCUGCUGUUGCCGGAAUGAUGGCAUCACAGAGGGCGAAGAUUGAGUAUUUGGUAAGGCAAGCUGGGGGAUAUCGGCAGGUCAGGUUCUUCUCUGUGGAGGAUGCUGCCAACAAGAGUUGGGCACCGAAAGUCGAUAUGGAGUUUGAAAAUGACGAGAAGGCUUAUCAGUUUUAUAAUGAAUAUGCGAGAAGGAUUGGUUUCGACGUAAGAAAGGCUUGGAUUAACCGAAAAGCUUCAGGGGUGAUUAUUUCCAGGACAUAUGUAUGUUAUAAGGAAGGCUUUCAUGGAAACAAGAAAAAUGAGAGCCAGGUACAACAACAUCGACUGCGAUCAAGUGAGAGAACAGGUUGUCAUGCUCGUAUGACCAUUAAACUUGCUAAGAACGGUAGAUAUCGUGUGAGUGAAUUUUACUGGGACCACAACCAUGAGUUUGUGACAGCACGAACAGCUCACACAUUAAAAUCACACAGAACUGCUAACAGGGCUCGAUUUCAUGAAGUGGACUGUGAGGAUGACUCUAGGGUGGAACCCAUAGCUAAAGAUGAGAAUUUGAGUGAACUGACUGUUGCCAAUCAACAGGGCGAUCUUCUUCCUUCCCACUGUAAGAAUUAUUUGCAUGCCAAGCGUAAGGAUACCCCGAAGCCAGGAGAUGUAGGUGCUAUGUUGCAGUACUUGCAAGGGAGACAAGUCGAUGACCCUGCAUUUUAUUAUGCAAUACAUCUUGACAGUGAAGAUCAAGUAACAUGCUUUUUCUGGAGGGACGGGAGGUCUGCUGUUGACUAUGGCUACUUUGGUGACGUGGUCUGCUUUGAUACAUCAUAUAAAAUAAAUAAUUAUGGCAGGCCCUUAGCUCUAUUCUAUGGUGUAAAUCAUCAUAAGCAAAUUGUUGUUUUUGGUACAGCAUUGAUGUAUGAUGAUACUGAAGAGUGUUUCAAGUGGUUGUUUGAGACUUUCAAAAGUGCAAUGAAUGGAAAGGAACCAAAUGUAGUCCUAACAGAUCAAAAUAUGGCAAUUACCAAUGCUCUUGAUCUCGUUUGGCAUGGUACAAAACAUCGAGGAUGUGCGUGGCAUAUGUACCAAAAUGCAACAAAAUACUUGGCUCAGGUCUUUCAAGGUUCCAGGACUUUUGCAUCUGACUUCCGUAAAUGUCUCUAUGACUGUGAGGAUGAUGAAGAGUUUGCCUCAGAAUGGAUAAAGAUGUUAGAGAAGUAUGAUCUCAAAGAAAAUAUAUGGUUGAAGAAAUUGUUUGAUGAGAGGGACAAUUGGUCGGUGGCAUGUGGGCGAGGAAUGUUCUGUGCAGACAUGUGUAGCACUCAACGUACAGAAAGCUUGAGCAGCAUGCUAAAGGAGCACUUGAGACAAGAAAAUGAUCUCUUACAAUUCCUUGGGAAUUAUGAAAGAGUGUUGUAUGGACGGAGAUAUGAAGAAUUACUGGCUGAUCAUCAUGCCACUGAAAGUAACUCAUUAGUAGCUUCUUCACGAAUGUUGAGGCAAGCCGCAAAUAUAUACACACCAGCUGUCUUUGACAUUUUCCAAAAGGAGUUUGAGUUGUCACUCGACUGCAUGGUAUACAAUGCUGGCAUGGUAGAGACAACCUAUGAAUAUAAGGUUACAUCCGAGGGGAGCCUGAAAGUGCACUUGGUAAGACUAAACCCUCUUGAUGGUACUCUGGUUUGCAGCUGCAAAAAGUUUGAGUUUGUGGGAAUCCAAUGUCGGCAUGUCCUAAAAGCACUUGAUGUUACAAAUAUCAAAGAGCUUCCACUAAGAUAUUUCUUGAAGAGGUGGAGGAAGGAUGCCAAGGUCAUCUCCUUGAGAGACAUGCAUGGGCUUGCAACUGACAAUGAACUCAAGUCAACCAGAGUCAAACGUUUCAGCUCCCUGUGCCAUAUUUUUAGCAUAAUUACAUCUAAGGCAGCAGAAACUGUUGAGGGUUGCAAAUUUAUUGAAAGCCAGUCAGAUCAAUUGUUAGUUAGUGUAUACCAAAUUUUACAAACACAAUUAGAAGGACCUCAAUUUGCUUAAGUGUUUUUUUCCUGUUCUGCACUUUGGACUUUAUGCUUAAUAUUCUUAACUGUGGAUAUAUUUUUACCCGAGUCUGAUGCAGGAAGCUUUGAAUUUAACCAGGUAGUGUAAUUUUUGGAUUGCUUUUGCCAAGUAAUAUGCAUUGAGAUCAUUUGUGAUUGGCCAAAUCUCGUAGUUGACUGGAUAAUUAGUAGGGCAUGUCAUAGCAACAUUUGACAUGGAUGAAGACUUUCUGAAGUAUUUAAGAUGCAUCGAGGAUUGGAGUGUGUUUAGGCCCAUGUGAUCAUUGGUCAUCUUUCAGUGCCAUUGAGGACCCUACUCACUUGGACUCCUACCAAUAUUGGUCAAGACUGCAAUAUUUGACAAAUAUGAUUCAGUCAAAGGACUACAGUGUGGAAUAUUCUUGAGUCUGUUCUGUUAGUACUUUCAUCCUAUACAGUCACUUGGAGUUGGAGGCAACAUAACCCUCUUUCAUUACCAAUCUAUUUAUACUACUUAUAACCAUCUCUUGUGUGGCAUUGUUGAAUUUGUGAUGUAAAGAAAGAAACCAAGGAUGGUUUUGGUAUCUCCUUUCUUUUGAUCAGGUUUUGUUCAGCCGAAUAAGGGCCGUAGUGCUUGUAUUCUGACUUUUGGUGCUUAUGAUGCAGAUCGAAUUCAUAGAAGAAGAAUUUUAUCCUUACAAAUCUCAUACAAGAAAUAUAUAUCUCCAGAUUAACAUGAUGACCCAGCAAGGAUACUGGCUUUUGAAGAGUUUAGUUAAUAAAAAUAUAGUGGGGCUUCAAAGAGUUUGAUGUUUGAAGUUUCUCGCUUUAUAUUAUUGUUGACAUUAAGUUGCAGUUGGCUGGUUUACAUUGAAGUCUGCAUUUAGAGGAGGAAUGCUCAUUGACAUGUCUCAGGUAUAUUCUCUACUAGAAACGUAUGAAGGUGUUAUUCCAGUUCAUGCAACAGUUAUUUGAGAUCAAGGGUUCCAGAUUCCUGCCAAAGUCUGUUCCAGAAUCUAUGUUGACAGCAAAUCAAUAGCAAUGGCCUUGAAGAAGAUGGCAUCAACAUCAUAAAAUAUGGCUCCACUGCUAGAGCUCACAUAGGGAGAAAAUUCAUCAGCUGAAUUCAGUUUUCUGCUGUUUCCAGGAAAAAGAUCACAGGUGAUCAAGAAAUAGAAUGAAUCAGUGGUAACUUGGCUACUGUGAGUUGGGCCUUGCUGAGUGGAACAGUUCUGACCUUUGUUACCAAUUUAGCGUUAAUGUUUUGCUUCAGAGAUUUUUUGCCUGACUGUUGUUUGAAGCUGAACAAGCUUUUCUACCAGUGAUACAUGUUCAAGUGUUUUUGGAUUCCUAAUAGAAACCAAAUCACUUGGAUAACAAGGUUACUUCACUGGUAAGUAACUCCAAGUAAGAAAAAGAACCUUCCAGAAUUAUCUUAUGUAUCUUAAAGUUUUAAUGAUGGAAGGUAUAGAGAAAAAACACUCUCAGUGGCUUAAUAUUUUUGCCAGUAGAUUUAGAAAGUUUGAGAUGAAAGUUUAUGUAAGAACGUGUACAAGAAGUUUUGAACUGAGUUGAGAUGAUAUAUAAGAGAUCUAUUUCUUGUAUUUUUUUAUUGUAUAUAAUAAAGAAUUUGAGUGUUUUACGUAAA